AUGGCACUAAUAUCGUUAACAGUCACAAAUGUUUAUGGCAAAAAUAAACACAUGCCAUGCUUUGCUCAUACAUUAAACCUAGUAGCAUCACAACCAUUUGACAAUAAGGAUGGACUAGACGAAGCCAAUAAUUUAUUAACAGCUGUUAAAGAUAUUACUACAUAUCUUAAGCAAAAUACAAAUGCUGCUGACUCUUUAAAGAAAGCUCACCAAACAAAGCCUUUGGGGCUUAUUCAAUCUGUGUGUACCAGAUGGAAUUCUAUUUUUUAUCAAUUAGAACGAUUUGUUGAGUUAUCCGAAAUAAUUGCGCCAAUAUUACUCAAGUAUCCUAAAGCUCCAACAAUGCUUACUGCACAGCAGUUAGAAUUCAUAAAAGAUCUUAUAAAUAUAUUGAGACCAUUAGAAGUAAUAACUAAGGGAAUAUCUGGAGAAAACUAUGUUACAGCCAGUAAAAUUAUACCAAUCGUAUCUUGUCUGACUGAAACAUAUAAUACAAUGGAAAAUUCAACCUAUAUUGGUGCUAAAACACGAACUUUAAUAGUGAACGGCCUUAAAAAAAGAUUUGGAAUGGUCGAACAAGUUCAUUUGUUUAGCUGCUGCGACCAUUUUAGAUCCUAG